AUGAGCAUCCGGCAUAAUGUCGCCACAUUGACUUACAAAGUGCUUGAGCAGUUGGAUCAAACUAGAGAUCCGAAAAUACAAUUACUCUCCUUUUUGUGGUUAUUAGCAACACCAGACAGUUUUCGAUCAGUCAGUUGUCGUUUUAAUUUAGGAAAGUCUACAUUAUCUGCUAUUUUUAUGCGGGUUGUAACUGCUUUAAAUGAAAUUUCUUCAGAAAUAAUAUUUUGGCCAAAUAGAGAGGAUCGCCAACGCAUAGUGCUAUCUUUUCAAACUUCUACUGGGAUAGAAGGUACAAUCGGUGCUAUUGAUGGAACGUAUAUUGCUAUCAAGGCUCCAAGUGAAAAUCCGGAUGUCUACAUUAAUAGAAAAUGUUUUCAUGCCAUAACUCUGCAACUAAUAUGCGAUGAUAAAUUGUCACUUAUAGAUUGUUUUAUGGGUUAUCCUAGCAGAGGUCUUCAGGCAAUGAUGAAUAAUGCUGACAAUGUUAAUUACAAAGCAGCUAUUUACGACGAUAUAAAUGCAGAAUUGGGAAGAGGUCACGCAUUACGGGACAGGAUCACAGAAAAUUUAUUUCGAUAA